UUCUGAAUGCAUUUUUUUUUCAGAAAACAUUACAUAAAAAGACACAUCAACACACAACUUGUAUAGCGAUUUUAAAUAGAUGCAUCAAUACACCUGUGAAGAAAGCCAAAUGAAUGUAACAUUCGGCUUGUGAGAAUCAACUUGUUCAGAUAAAUUACCACAAAUGGGAACUGAUACAGGAGAUAAACUUUGUAAGUGUGAUGUGUGUGGGAGUGAAUUAAGGGAAGCAGGAAGCUUAAAGAAACAUAUGAGGAUACAUACUGGUGAGAAGCCUUAUGUAUGUGGUAUAUGCGGAAAGGCAUGCAGCAUAUCGAGUUCCUUAAGAACACACAUGAGGAGACACACAGGUGAGACGCCGUACAAAUGUGAGCAGUGUUGUCAGGCAUUCAUGCAGGCAAAUGCCUUACGCAGACAUAUGUGGACACAUGCAGGUUAUAAACCUUUUGAAUGUAAUGUGUGUGGGAAGGUAUUCAUCCAAUCAAAUGUCUUACAGAUACAUAUGAGGACACAUACAAUUGAUAAAUGUGAUGUGUGUGGGAAGGCAUUCAAGAAAUUAUCUAUCUUAAAGAGACACAUGUUGACUCAUUCAUUUGAUGGACCUUAUAAAUGUGAUGUGUGUGAAAAGACAUACAAAUGCUUAAAGAGCUUAAACAUACACAUAAGGACACAUACAGGUGAUGAACAUUAUAAAUGUGAUUUGUGUGAGAGGGUUUUCUCUUUACCAAAGCACUUAAAGCGACACGUCAUGAAGACACAUGCUGAUGGAGAUCCCACUGAGUGUGAUGUGAUCGGGAAUUCAGAGAGAGAAAAUACAUGUGAUGUGUGUGGAAAAGUACUUGGUGAUUCAAUGGGUUUACAAAGACACAUGAAAAUACAUAAAGGAGAAAAUCCUCAUUCGUGUGAUAUCUGCGAAAAAACAUUUCGUGAAAAGGUGCACUUGAAAAGACACAGAACGACGCAUACAUUUGAAAAAGCCCAUAGUUGUGAUGUCUGUGGGAAAGAAUUUAAAUAUCCAGAUGGUUUACAAAGACACAUGAAAGUACAUAGAGAAGAAAAAUCUCAUUCGUGUGAUAUCUGCGGAAAAGCAUUUCGUGAAAAGUCACACCUGAAAAAACACAUGAAGACGCAUACGUUUGAAAAAGCCUAUAGUUGUGAUGUCUGUGGGAAGGAAUUUAAGUACCGAGAUAGUUUACAGAGACAUAUGAAAAUACAUAAAGGAGAACAAACCUAAAUUUGUGUGAUGUAUCUGGAAAACCUUUUAUUCAGAAGACAUAUUUGAAAAAAAAAACAUGAGAAGAUACAUAGAGGUGAACAAAUAAAGAAUUAAAUGUGA